AUGCACGCAAUAGCUGUAGUGUUGGCGUCUUGGUCCCCAGCACAAAUCAUUCUCAAUCCCCUCCAAUUAUCGACCUCACUCUUCUCAUGCCCCGCAAUUCGCGAACGGACCUAUCUUGUGCCACAAUUCAUCAACAAUUCUAGAUCUGUGCUGCUUCGAUAUCAUGUCAGGUCUCAUUAUUCUGGACCCACAAAGAUUCUCAAAUCUUUGAAUUUCCAACUGCAUCUGUAUUGGGACGCCGUCCAUGCCAACGACUCCGCCUCACCACCACGUUGCCGCCAUGCUACAUCACGUACAGGUCGCGUAACCCCCACCUUCGCAAACAACCAUGGCCGCCCAAAACCGACAACAACCGCCCAACGAACCACACGCAAGGAAAACGACAAACUGGCAAACGAUGACCCAACAACCACGACCGCCUGGCAACAGCAACCCAAUCAACGGAAUCGACGACCAGUGCCCACGACUAUCAACGAUGAGCGCCCACAGCAUUCAAUGAGCGCCCACGAUGAGCGCUCACAGCAAUCGACGACCAGCACCCACAACAAUUGA